UUUUUUGCAUGGGCGCCAGCGUCGACGGCGAUGGCGUCGCCGCCUGCAGCGCCAAGGCGUCCUUCCUCGGGGUCGGCAACGCCGAGUGCAUCUCGAUGCACCUCGCCUACGCGUCCUUCCUCGUCGCCGUCAUCGUCGCCAUCUCGGUCCUGCUCGAUGCGAUCCUCGCGUACUCGCGGCGAGCGAUCCAGUGCCCGCAGAUGAAGCGCAUCGUCAACCGCUUCUUUGAAGAGCUCAUGAUCAUGGGCUUCAUUUCGAUGUGCAUCUUUGCCAUCGACACGAGCGGGCUCGUCGAGGAAGUCUCGUUCGGCGUCGACAACCUCACGCGCCUCCAGCUGCUGCACUUUCAAGAGUUCUUCCACUACGUGGUCUUUAUGACGACCGUCUACUACGUGGCGAUCAUGCUCCUUCUCCUCGUCAUCGCUACCGUUGUGCCACGGCUGCUCUACGGCACGCCCCGCGACGAGCACGAAGAAGCGGCGCCGCUGCUCGAGCACGCAGACACGGACGACGCGCUCUUGAGCCCGUUGUCCGACGUGUACCCCCGGCAGUACGACGCCGCCAAGCGCGCGCGCGAUGAAACCUCGGGCUACAAUUUUGUCCAUGCGUCGCGCAUGUACUGUCUGCUGCGGCAGCGCUACAAGCGCGAAGGCGUCUUCUUCAAGUUCAACUUGCUCAAGCAGUUUGCGCUCUGGAAAAGCUUUGAGCUACUAGCGUACAACGUGUGCCAAUACCGAAGCAAGUAUCUGUACAAGAACCCGAGUGAGAUGCAGCGCAUCUUUGGCCUCUCGCACCGGUCGUCGCACCACGUGAGCUUCCGCCGCUUCCACACGCUCUGCACGCGCCACCUCCUUGCGACCGUCGCGCAUCUGCAUUACACGACGUUCUUCGUGCUGGUUGUGCUCGUCUUCGCGGCUGGCGCGCUCCCGACCGCGACGGCCUACGUCUUCCUCGGGCUCGCCACGUGCCUCGCGAUCCUAACGUUUGUCAUUAUGAUCAAGACCCUCCGGAUCCUCAAGGGCAUCAUCAAGGACCGGCUCUUGGUGCUGACGCGCGAAGACAUUGAUGCGGUGCGGCAUCGCACAUCGUCCGACGAUCCGCUUCCGUCGCCAGAGCGCCGGCGCCCGACGCUCAAGGGUGUCGCGCAGAUGGUCCGGGCGACGAUCCGACUGCAAAUGUCCGUGCUCUGCCACCGGCAGCUGCACUACCAUGACGCGCGGUUCUGGUUUCGCCGGCCGUGGUUUCUGCUGCGUCUCUUCCAGCUCUCGACGACUGGCCAAGCGUUCUACCUCGUCUGGCUCACGCUCGUCGUCGUCAAAGACCCGUUGUUGCCGAGUUGGAUGCUGGCGUGCAUGGUGCUCGCACCACUCACGUCGCUGUUUAUUUUAACGCCACUCACGAUGCCGAGCCUCGUGCUGGUCAUGAGCCUUGCGGGCUUCUUCGUCGAGCAGGACCCGCACGGCCAGAACAACAACGGCUUUGACGAGCUCCAGCCGCAGCACCUCACGGCCAAAGAUCGCAUUCGCAUCGCCCGCAAGUCGUAUCUUCGAAACACCGAGGAAACGUCGACGAGCGUCCCGUGCAAUGCCGACGUGUGCCAGAGUUUCUCGUCCAAGGGGUCGGUGGCAGCGCUGCCGGCGGCGUCGCCCCAAGCCUCCGACAUGCUUCUGCACAUGUACGACCUGCCGCUGGUGUCGCCAGCGUCAUCGUCGGGGCGCCACUCGAAGCGGGGCACACGGUCCAUCGUGACGACGCCGGUCGAGACCGAGUACACGCUGCAAGGGACACCGCGGAGCUUCUUCCAGGAGACCAAGAUGUUCCAGAACUACUGCUCGAGCUACGGCGGGUAUGCCACGCCGAGCAACACGGUCACGACGGGCAACAACUACACCUACAACGACGCCACCAACGACGGCGACGGCGACAACAACAUCCAUGCAGUGCGAGGCGACGAGGCUGCAUGAGUAGACGACGAUCAUAAGAAGCAUCUCAAUGCGCUUUCGUGUACAUGCGG